GUAAAAAUAUUCCGUGAGUCACGUGACUAUGGCGGAGCGAAUGUCCAACAGGAAUAAGUGAAGAUCAGGAAGAGAUGACAGCAGUCGUAGUUGUGCACGGUGGGGCUUGGGCCAUACCUGACGAUCUCGCCAAGGCCUCUGUUGAUGGAGUGAAGGCUGCAGCAUGUGUAGGGUUUUCUGUGCUGAAAAGAGGAGGAAGUGCACUGGACGCUGUUGAGUCAGCUGUGAAGGCAUUGGAAGAUAACACAGUGUUUAAUGCAGGGCACGGAGCAGCAUUAAAUAUGGAGGGGGAAGCGGAGCUGGAUGCCAUCAUCAUGGAUGGAAGGACACUUGCCAGUGGUGCUGUGUCUUCAGUGAAGAACAUUGCCAACCCUGUGUCACUGGCACGGGCAGUGAUGGAAAAGACUGACCACAUCAUGCUGACAGGGAGAGGAGCUAACCUGUUUGCAGAGAGCAUCGGUGUGGUCACGGUUCCCACUGAUACCCUGGUUACACAGUAUGAGAGAAAAGAAUGGGAGAAGCACAAGGGUUAUGUUACUGGUGUGAUGGAAGAUUUCAACUCUCAGUGGGCUCAUGAUACUGUUGGUGCAGUUGCUGUUGAUAGUGCCGGAAAUGUGGCAUGUGCAACAUCAACUGGAGGGAUCCGAAAUAAAAUGGUCGGCAGAGUAGGAGACUCUCCAAUUAUUGGUUGUGGAGGAUACGCAGACAAUUUCAGUGGUGCAGUGUCUUGUACUGGCCAUGGAGAGUCCAUCCUUAAAGUCACACUGGCCAGACUCAUUCUUUCACAUAUUGAACAAGGUAAAUCUGUAGAAGAUGCCUCACAGUUGUCCCUGCGCUACAUGGGAGAGCGUGUCCGGGGUGCAGGAGGAGCUAUUGUAGUUUCUCAAUCAGGGCGGUGGGCAGCCACAUUUUCAACAGAGCGAAUGGCUUGGGCAGCUGUGGAACAAGAUGUUCUGUGGUAUGGUUUAGACCCAAAUGAAAGAAUGAAAGAGCAGUUGUCCCAGUAACAAUUUUAACAGUUUUUAUCCUUAUUAGUCAUAGUACAGAUCCAUGCAAUAGAGAAAUGUAUUUAACGUUUUCUACUAAUUGUCUAUCAUUUGUUGUCUGGAGACAAAUAAUAAAUAAUUAUUAAUUAAUUAUUCUUUAUAAUCUGUGAUAUACAGCCUUUAUGUGUACAGUGACACAUACAUUGUAACAUGUAGAUUAUGAAUGUUACAGUAUACAAGUCUCAAGCUGAUAGCUGAAUCUCUGUUGCAUAUUACAUAUGCACAUACAUAAAAUCAGAGCAAAGAACUGCAGCACUGGUAUGAAGUGGAUUCUGACCAUACUGUACCUUUAAAAAAAAUUAACUUAAGCAACUUGUUUGAUUAGUGGUUUUCAGUUCUGGGCCUUGGAAUGAAGACAUCUGCUGGUUUUCAGUGCUGCCAUAUGCUUAAAGCAGUUAACUAGUGGAUAGAAUAGAAAGGCUGCUGGCAUCCUGGGAGUCUCUCACUUUUAGUAAUUGUUUAUUUGAUUAGUAGAUAAUUAAUAACAAAGACUGAGUUUAAAGCAGAGCCUGUGAAAUGUAACUUACUUUUUCCCCCACUAAAUGUUUUUCAGUGUCUUAAAAAGUUGUUUGUUGGUGCUCUUCAAGCACCUCUAGUAAAAAUGGACUGUUACCAGGUUCUUAACAUAACAAUGGCCUCAUUCAUGAGUCUCUACUUCAUUGUUGGCCUUGCUGCAUCCUUUGAAACAAUGGCUGCUCAACCAAGAACAAAACUCCUGCUGUAUUGAAGUGUGAAUCAGAAUUAUAAUUGGAUAGUAGGAUCAUUUGCUCCCAUUGUGACUGUAGAUAUAGGGGCUGCUCUGAAUGGCUGAUCUGCCCCUUUAUUUAAAAACUGGUUAAAGAGAAAAGCACCAGUUUCAUGUUCUUAGACUAGGAUGCACCUACAACAAUAUCACCUCCUAGACUGAACAAUUCAUGUAUUUGUAGAAUUUGUUGUAACUUUUUUUUUUUUUUUUUUUUUGUACUAAUGUUGCAUUAAAAUAAUAUGGG